AUGUCACAAGUUUACAAAGCAACAUUUCAAUAUAACUACAAAAGUAAUAAAAACCCUAGCAACAUCAAAAGAAUCAAAGAGCACGAAGAAAAAGCGCAACGUGAAAAGGAAGAAGAACUUCAAUUACAACAAAUGGAUAUUCGUAAGGCUAAUGAGGAGUUGGAGCAACUUCGGGAGUUUGAUAUGAAUUUCAAAGAAGCAGAAAAAAAGCGAAUUUGGCACGACAAUGAACAAUCGCUACUAGAAUACAAAAAGCGGAAGGAAGUGCUUGCAGCUCGUGACAAGAUGGACGAGGAUCUGAUACAAGUGCUGGUGAAAUCCAAAGCCACCAUUGAAAGGAGGCGCAAAGAGACCGAGAAAGCGACUCACGACGAAAGACAGCGCGUUCUGGACGCCAUCAGCGCGAAGUUACAAUCGGGCACAGCUGCUCGCGACGCUAAGGAGCAGGCCAGUCUGGAAGCCGCUGUCAAAGAGCGCAUUGCUGCUGAGGAAGCUCGCCACCAAGCGUAUCUGGACAAAGUGGCACGAAACAAGAAAGAGUGUCUUGAUUCUCGGGCGCAAUUUCUAAAAGACGAGGCACAACGUCUGCAUGAGCUUGAUACCAUGAAACGAUGGGAGAUGAUGAACAGAUUCAAGAACGCGGAAAUAUACGACGAGUACAAAGAAAACAAACGCAAGGAUAAAGAACGCAAAACAAAGGAAUAUCACGAUAUAAUAAUGGAAAUGCGGAAAGAGCGUGAUGAUCGUGAUAAGCAAGAAAGAGACGAGCGUAGAUACUUCUACGGCGAGCUGGCAGAGAAGAAAUUACGUGAUGCGGAUAAUAGGCUACUAAGUCACGCCGCUGCCUUAUUAGAAGAAGCUAAAUCGAAGGGAAGACCAUUGUUGCCACUACUAAAGGCAAUUGACCGCUACUGCAAGUUAUACCGUCUCUACCCAAUGCCAGACCUGCCAAAUCCGCUGCAGAAGAUAUUCCCCACUUACCAUGCCACAGACAGUAGCAAACCAGACCCUGGAUACAAGGUGCCACCGCCACCAAUUUGCACCUUAAGCCCUGAUGGUGAUGAACUGGAAGAGGCAGUAGUCACUGGCAAGACAGACGGUCUUCAGGAAAUUCCCAAGGCCGGGCCAUCGAAGCCGCCGCCGAACAAAUCGGAGACUAACGACGACUACAAACGAUCCGGCCCUGUCAAUGGACUGCAGCAGAAACCAGAGGUGCCAUGUCUUCAAGUGAUCCCGUGCAAAACAGUCAACUGCACGUGCGACCUCAAGCCGAAACCGCUCUAAAUAAACUAGUAUACGUAACACUGCAUACCUGAAAAGGUGAUUUAGCUAGUCAAAAAUUAACAAUCUUGGGAAUAAGGCCCGUUAUCUACCUCAGCGUAAAAAGUAGUCUCAAUAACCAGUAGUAUUAAAUAUUUGGCGCUUUCUUUGGUUUAAGUCGGGUUAAAACUCAUUAACGCAUGAAAUUGAAAGGCAAAAUAUAUUUACAACUUAAAAU